AUGGUCUUUAAGCCGUUCACCCAUCUCGCGCGCCAGAGUUUCACCAAAGCCUUCACACAUGGCUAUGCUCAGUCGGUGGUCGCAGCGUCACAGUCGUAUGCUUCGCAAUCGACCUUGAACCAGUUCGCCCUUCAGCCGGCCGCAAAGUUUUCCCGGACAACCCAAUUACAGAAUGCUUUCUCGACUGCCUCCAGUUCCUCGGGAGCCGGUGCCAAGGCGGGUCAGGGUGCGGGCGGGAAUGGUGACUUUGGGCUCGCUGCGUACUACGCGGCGUGGCAACAUGCCCAAUUGACUGGCGACGACACCGAUUGGCGUCAGUUUCAAUUCAAGCGCCGCAUUGGUUGGAAUCCAGCAGACGGCAUUGAGGAGUCAACGGAGGAGGGCAUCCCUGCCCCCGAGACGCCUCAUCUGUCCAAGGCGGCGGUCAACGACAAUGUGAGCGCUCAAGUGGAGGAGGCGGUCGCGAGGGAGAUUCAGAUUCAAGAGGAGCAAGCGCAAGCUGAAGAGGCCUCGGUCGUCUCGGAAAAAUCCGCCACGGAAUCUCAUCUGGACGAUGUCGUCCUUUCAGACGCAAUCUCCGAGGAGAGUAAGAUCGCUUCGGAGCGCGUUGUGCGCUUGGCCACCGAUGAGAGCUUCGCGGAAAUCCCGGCAGCGUUCGAGUCCAUUCUCCGGGAGGGGCUUACCCCGACUGUCGCGGCAUACAACGCUCUUUUAGUGGCCGCCAUUCGUCUACAUUCGGAUGCUGCUGACGCCAUCCACAAAGCUCUCGAUGUAUACUCUGAUAUGCUUCGUCGUAGGGUAAUUCCCGACGAAGACACUUAUCAGACUCUCGUGCAGCUGUUGGUCACGCGGGCUCACCACAUAAUUGAGGCCAAAGAGACCCUCGAGCAAGAGAGAGUCCGCUAUGGCGGCAUGGAAGAGCCUGGCAAAUUCAUGCUGCAAUCUAGUGAACUGGAAAGUGCCUUGCUGGCUGAGGACCAUUCAUUGUCUAUUGCGGUGAAACUGUUCGACACGGCCACCAGCCGUCAUCCUCGGCUCGUCUUUCCCGUUCACCUGUACCGUCUGUUGAUCACUGCGUGCGCCCGCGGAAGUAUGGUCGAAGAUAUGAUUCGCGUUUACUCUCACAUGGAAUCCCAUAAGGCGACUCCCCAUGCCUCCAUCUUCCCCCUCAUGAUCGAUGCUUUUGCCCGCACUGGUGACUUGUCCAGCGCGGUUGAAUGUUACAACGAAUACCGUAGCAUGGCUGUAUCCGACGACAAUGGCAUCUUCAGCAUCAUUGAUCGUAUGGAUGGUGAAGUCUAUGCCGCUGUGAUUCGAGCCUACUUGUCAUGCGACAAGGAAUCUGGGGCAAUGCAAUUCCUGGACCGAAUCCGUGCAUCUUUUGACGAGGUCACCGAGAACCGUGAAGCACGUUGGUCUGCCGUUGAGUCGGUGAUUGUCAAGGACGCGCUUGUUCAGCACUACUUAAAAACUGCCGACUACGGCAAGGCUCUGGCUCACGCCAAGGAACAGUUGCAUGAUGUAGCACGCGAUCAGGCCAUUUCUCGGAUCUGCACCGCCGCUGCUGAUGCCGGUGACCUGACAAUCGCUUCAGAGGCGUACGAUCGUCUGUCGACCUCACCUGCCAUUCGCCAACCACCUGCCAUCUCUCUUCUGGCUCUUCAUGUGCGCCAAGGCAAUGUAUCUGCCGCUCGGUCAUUGUGGAUCAUGUUGAACACCGUCGGUCAGGCAACCCCGGACAUGGUGCAGCCGACGACGAUGUACGCGUUGGCCCUUCUGAAGAGUGGUCAGGUCGACGACGGACUUCAUGAGGCCCGCAACAUGUUUGCCCAGAUUCGCAAAGCAUCUGCCAGUCAACCUACGGUCGCUGAGACUGUCCGCGAACAAAUCACGGAAUCGUUGCACCUCUUCGGCCGCACAGUCAUGGAAUCGGCUGUCCCUCUCUCGCCUCAGGCCUCGUUGACACUUCUGUGGGCUAUGACUGAAAACGGCGGCCUCGUCUCCCCUGUUGCAGAACACGCUGUUGCCAAUCUUGGACCUAUGGGUAUCUCGCAGUUGAGCACUUCCGACCUGGCCCUGGCCACACAGGUGCAGGCUCGUAUGUUGACUGGCAACAGUGCGUUGCUCUACGACAUUGCCCACCCAGCUCGCUUUGCGCACAUGCUUGAUGUUGUUCUGGCUGCCAGUGUCCCCUUGGACACCAACACCAUUCUUCUUGUGGACCGUGCCGUUGCCGAGGUCUUCGUCAAUCGUCCUGAUCUCAUUACCAGAUGGCGGGACCAUGUUCAGUCUUUGAAACAGGGACCCCUCGUUACAGAUCGCCUCAGCCCCGUCUCAAUGGCCGAGUCCAAGAUGACAACCGCGCCGGUCAGUCCCGAGUCAUAUGAUCCGUAUGCCCAAGGGACCGACUUCCGAGGUUCCGCGAUGAUCGCGGAGGUCCUCGAGAAGGGCUCCGGUCGUGCGGAUACCCACUUGAGCGACGCACUGGCUCGACUUGAGACCAUGCGACGUUCUGGACGCCACCCCCGGUACAUCACGUAUGCCAAGCUCAUCACUGCAGCUGCUAAAGUCGGUCGCAUGGAAUUGGCGCAUGACAUCCACGCGAUGGCUCGUGCCGAUGUUCCCCUGAACCCCGCCCACAAUGCUGUCAAGUACGGCUGGGUCUCCAUCUUGGAUGCUAUGGUCGCUGCUUGCCUUACUCUUGGUGAUCGCCAGUUGGCUGCUCAGUAUCAUCAGGAGCUUCUAGGUCUUGGUUCUGCCCCUUCUGCGAAUACCUUCGGGCUCUACAUCACCACGUUGAAAGAGUCAACCAAAACUUUUGACGAGGCAACCGAGGCUUUGAAGAUCUUCCACCGUGCGGUUGCGGAGGGCGUCGAGCCCACUUCAUUCCUGUACAAUGCCUUGAUUGGUAAACUUGGCAAAGCCCGGCGCAUUGAUGAUUGUCUCGCAUACUUUGCUGAGAUGCGCGCUAAUAAUGUGCGCCCCACCAGUGUCACCUACGGUACCAUUGUGAAUGCUCUUUGCCGAGUCAGCGACGAGCGAUUCGCUGAAGAGAUGUUUGAGGAGAUGGAGUCCAUGCCCAAUUACAAGCCUCGUCCGGCUCCAUACAAUUCGAUGAUUCAGUACUUCCUGAACACCAAGCGCGAUCGUUCCAAGGUCCUGACUUACUUUGAACGAAUGCAAGCUCGGAAGAUCCAGCCAACUACGCACACCUACAAAUUGCUCAUCGACGCUUAUGCCUCUCUCGAACCCAUCGACAUGCCUGCUGCGGAGCGUGUCCUGAGUGACAUGCAAUCGGCCGGAGUGCAGCCUGACGCUGUACACUUUGCUUCUCUUGUCCAUGCCAAGGGCUGCGUUCAGCAUGAUCUUGCGGCCGCACGUAAGGUCUUUGACUCUGUGCUCGCUAAUGCUCGUGUGCGCCCUCAGCCGUGCCUCUAUCAAGCUCUCUUCGAAGGGAUGGUGGCCAAUGGUCAGGUCGCAGACACCGAGGGUGUUGUUGCGGGUAUGAAGCAGCGUAAUAUCGAGAUGACGGCGUACAUUGCCAACACCUUGAUUCACGGCUGGGCGACUGCUGGCAAUGUAGCCAAGGCCAAGGCUAUUUAUGAUGGCAUUGGAAUUGACAAGCGUGAGCCAAGUACCUAUGAGGCCAUGACUCGCGCCUACAUUGCUGCAGAUGAUCGGGCCGCCGCCUCCCACAUCGUUGAAGAGAUGGUCUCCCGUGGAUAUCCGAGCGCUGUAGCGGGCAAGAUCAUUGACUUGGUCGGAGUCGCUCCUUCUUCCUGA